CGCUCUUCGGAUACCACGCGCGUUCGUACUCAGUUUGUAUUCGGUAUCCACCUCGUAUCGGUGGAUACGUUCGGUUCUUAAUUCCGUUCAACUAUCAGUCGUCGCGAGCCGCGUAAUACCGUCCAGUCGUGUACAGACGCACGUUAGUCGAGUCGACGAGAGCAAGUUCGAAGCCCGAACCACGAUAGUAGUGCCAAUUGUGCCAGUUGUUGACAGUGCUUUUUAAACAAAGACGAACCAAUAUGCUGCCCUUACGAUUCGUUGGUCUAAUGGUGAUACUUUUCGCCGUUCAUGGUUGGUGCAAACCAGCCAAGAGCACCGAGGGCGAGGAGUACUCCGACGACGAUCCACCGUCGUCCGAUUACAACGACGACGGCGACGCAGUCGAUGACAACGAUCCAGGCACUAUCGAGGAACAACCGCAGAUAAUUUCGAAAGGGGAUAGUAUAAGAGUCAGGAACGGGGGUGUGAUUCGGCUGCCGUGUCUGCUGAAAAAUGUAGAGAAUGUCGCAGUUACGUGGAAAAGAAAUAACGAAACCCUGUACCUUGACAGCAUCGCGAUGACGCAAGACAAUAAGAGGAUCACUCGAUUCCCGAACAACACAUUGGUGAUCUACCCUGCUACGGUAAAUGACACCUCCGAUAAUUACGAGUGCAGUAUCCUCCAGGAGCCGCCUAUCACGAUCAAGUACAGGGUGCUGGUGGACGAGAAAUCUCAGAUACCGAGCGAACCACUUAUACGAGUCACCCCUGCCAAGAAGGUCCAAGUCAAUGUUGGCGAUAGUAUCACCCUUGGCUGUGAAACAUCUCAACAUCCACCUCAAAUGAAGUGGUUCCACGAGAGCACGAGGCUCAACGUCAACCCUGCCGACAGCAAUCACAUCACCCUGCACAGAGUUAGCAAAUCCGACGCAGGUCGUUAUAUGUGCUUACUGGAGGACGGCUCCAAGGAUCCACCUCUAGAGACCAUCGUCCUCGUCGUUAGAUAUCCUCCUGAAAUAGAGCCAAAGAGGAAAUUGGUGCAUACCGGACUGGGCGUUGAGUCAGACUUAACGUGUGUCGUUCACGCUCAUCCUCGCGCUAAUGUGACGUGGUACAAGGAUCAAAUGGAAGUCCUCCCGGAACCCGGAAGGAUAGAGAUCGAAAAUCCGGAGAGGUCGCACACCCUCAAGAUUUUACACACCGAACAGAAGGACCUUGGAAACUAUACGUGCGUGGCGACGAAUAAAUUGGGUCGAGCUGAGAAAAUUGUUCGCCUUACCGGUGCUCCGUCUCAAGCGACUGUCGCCAGCGGUGAAGUGACCAGGAGUGGUUCAGGAUUCAUUCUGAAAUGGCGACUGGAGAGCUACUCGCCAAUCACCGAGUACAAGCUGGAGUACCGCCGUAAAGGAGAUGACUCAUGGAUCGUUCUCAAGCCCGUGGUAACGAAUGGCAAGGGCAAUCAAUUUAUCGUUGAGCACAAGAUCGAUGGACUUCAGUCUGGGUCGUACGAAGCGAUCCUUAUGGCUAGAAAUGACUUCGGAUGGUCUCAACCUUCCGAGCCACACAUAUUUAAAGGAGAAUACUACGACGAGAUCCCGGAUGCUGAAAGCGGACCGUCAACAACAGGGAUUGCUUCUCAACCCGCGAUAGCCAUUUCAACGUUACUCCUAGUCGUUUCGUCCUGUGCCUUUACAAGUCUGUAAUUUACUGAACUCCUUAAACUACGUAGAUAAUUUGCUGCAGCCAAAGCGUACACCAGCAGAUAUAAUGGUGGGUGUAGUGAAGCAAGAAUGUCUAGGAGAACGGUGGGUCUCUAGUGUAAUAUAUUUUUUAAAAAUAAUCCGAUUAGUUAGGUGUAUUUUAGACACUCAUCUGUACGACUGCAAAAUGACACGAGCUAAACGGUUUGCGUUCUUGUUUGUCGUUCGAGUGAAAGACGAUGUUUCAAAAGAGUAUCAAGGUAUCACAUAAUUCUUGAACGACAAGCACGAAUACUUCUUUGGCAUUUUUAUGUAUCAUUUUUUAAAGAAUUUUUAACGAAUAGAAUUAAAUUUCUCACGAAUUCGCAAUCGAUCACGGGCAUUGUCAACAUAUACGAAGCUAUUGUUUUAGCUAAUUCGAAGUUAAAUGUAUUAGAUAAUUCUCCUAGAUGUUCUGUUAUGUAUUACAAAAAAAAAAGAAGAAGAAGAAGAAGAAGAGCAUUUUAAUUGUACUCUAAAACGGGAGUAACUAUAAGGGAUAGUGUACUUUAAAAUAUAUUUAUAUAUCUAUAUAUAUAUUAUAUAUAUAUACGUAUACAUAAUAUAGUAUUCACUGUACAUGUAUAAGUUCAGAGAUACAUGAUUAUUAUUAUAAUUUAUUUUUGUAUGCUUAAGAUCACUAGAUCCGUGUUCUAUGAUGUUGCUUAGUGCCAUGUACGCAUGUUUUAUUCUUUCACGAUCGUGUACAAAACCGGCACUGAUAUAUUGUCCCCCAUAUGCGAGAACGGCGGACACGUAGGUACCUAAUGUGUAAUAGUAAAAAAGAUAAUGUUACUAUAGUUCGUCGUUAUGAUUUAUGUACUGGGUCGGCGAAAAUUUGUGAAUUGAGAGCAAAUGUAUGUACUACAUGGCUGCCACGCUAUAGGAAUUAGUGACUAAGAAGGCAUAAAAUCAAUUGGUUGCUCAACACAAGGAUCAACCUCAUUAUAUUGUUUGGUACAAAACGUAAGCGAAAUUUUCUUCAAAUAAUAUAUUUUAUUUAUUAGAUAAAAUUAUUCAUUAAUUAAAUGACCACGCAAUAAUUUAUUCGCAUAAACUUAUAUUCAUUCAACGCGAUGUGCAAAAUCUUUUUUACAAAAUAAUGGAUCAAAAGUUAAUUAGACGUCGUUUUUGACAUAAAUUGCGAUGGAGAAAGUGAUCUUGACCGAUCAAUUGAUUUUUACCAUAGGAAUUCUUCCUCUUUGUUUACGUGCUUUCAAUUCGGAGGACUAUAAAAUAUUCAUUUGUCUUUAACGUAAGUGUGAUGGAAUGCGUGGACACGAGCGUCUGUUGAGAAUGCGAGAUGUGAUGUAUCGUUUUCCAAAAUAGCUUGGUAGCUUUAGUACCGAUACACGUCGUUAUAAUGAGUUAUGAUAAUCGUUACAAUCAAUAGAUUAACAAGUAAACCGUUGUACAAAAAAAAUAGUCCGCCCCGUGAAACUGGUGCGCGUCAUGUAAACGUUAAUUAUAGAAAUUUCAGUCACGCUUACUUCGAUACUCUGUACAUGAUACCGUUUCUUUUGUAUAGUGUUCGUUGCAUUUAUUCGUUUGAUAAUAAAUUGGUUUCAUAACUCUG